AGCGAACGAGCCAAAGGUAUGCCGUUCUCAGCACCAGCUAGUUCUUGGAGUGCUAUGUGUCGGUGAACGUCUAACACGAACCCGGAUUAUUGUUAUGCGUAUACAGGGUGGUGUCUAGCGCUGCUCAAACCCCCGAAAAAUGGGCCUACGAGCGCCAGCGAAGUUGUGGCUGUGUGCGCUGACUCAAGUGUUGUGUUUUUGGAUUAUUGACGUUAACGGACAUGUCGCUUUGACAUUUCCGCCGGCUAGAAAGUACGAUUUGGAUUUCUUGGAUAGUUCGCGUACCAAAGCGCCAUGUGGAAUGCCUAAAGGCAGCAUAAAAACCACACUCUUAGAAGGUAGCAAAUUCAAUGUGACGUGGCACUUAGGAUAUCCUCAUAGGGGAGGAUUUAGGAUACACUUAUUAGACGAAUUAGAAAGGCCUCUAUUAGACUUAACCCCCUCCAUACAAGGGUCAGAAUUCGUAGCAGAAGAUGCCACCGCUCAAUCGUUCCAUGUACAAUUACCUACCCAAUUUUCGUGCGAAAAUUGCACUUUGAGACUGAUAAGACAAGCACUAGAGUGGGGGGAUAGCUACAAAUUCUGGUCAUGCGCUGACGUUGAUAUUUUACCAAGAAGAAGAUUCAGAGAAACCUGUAGCAGCCACGGUAAAAAUUUAGUCGGCAGAUGUAAAUGUGACAGACUUUAUUACGGAGAUGUCUGUCAAUACCGAAAUGAGUGCGUCGAAGACAGCGAUUGUGGAGAUCAUGGCAAAUGUAUCGAUGUAGGCGGUACUACUUUACCAAGGCAGCAGUGCUACUGCCAAUUGGGCUGGUUCGGUCCUGGUUGUAUCAAAAAAUCUGCAAUAAAAACAACCGACAUCGACUUCGAUUUAUACACCGAAAAACAACUCAGCCCCACAUUCAAACUCUACUGGCGAAUCCUGAAAGAGCACAAAGAAUUAGAAGCGGUACUGGUAGUCAACGGUACCAGCUACGCAGCCUUAGGCUGGCGACCGGCAUCUCUAACGAAAACCUGCAAAAAUUUCCCGGCCAUCGGCCCACAAACUCCGGUUAAAUCGACGGGUUCGGAAGCGGAACCGGAACCUCAAUCGGAACCGGAACCCAAGAGUGAACCAGAGCCUACUUCGGAACCGGAACCCAAAAGCGAACCGGAGCCCAAGUCUAAGUCGGAACCGGAACCGAAGAGCGAACCGGAACCCGAACCUACGACCACGCAACCGACUAAAUAUAGGAAAUCCUUGUAUUCGAGAAGAUCGGCUCAAAGUCCGGUUUUGAGGAAAGCUGAACAUAAUCCCGUUCAAAAUGAUGUCGUCGAAACUAGCGUGUCGUUUCAAGUUAGCAGAAAACAAGGACGAAGGCGUAGAGCAACCAGCGAACCGGUACCAGAACCUACCGCAGAACCGGAACCCGAUCAAGACGCAACGACAGUACCGUCCGCAGAACCGGAACCCACCUCAGAACCCGUACCCGAACCCGCAUCCAACAAAACCAAAUCGACAUCCAAUUCGAAAUCCAAACCCGCGCCGAAAGCCGAACCCGAACCUACUUCCCAGCCUGAACCUAAUUCUAAGUCAAAACCCGAACCUAAGUCAGAACCUGAACCGGAACCCACGUCUGAACCCGAACCUACAUCGGAACCCGAGCCUAAGUCAGAACCUGAACCUAAAUCUGAACCCGAACCUACGUCAGAACCUGAACCUACAUCCGAACCCGAACCUAAGUCAGAACCCGAACCUAAAUCGGAACCCGAACCUAAAUCGGAACCCGAACCUAAAUCAGAACCCGAACCUAAAUCAGAACCCGAACCAAAUUCCAAUAUUACUGAAAAACAUGCCAAAAUUCAAGUUUCAACUGUUGGAAGUAGUGCAGGAGACAAUGAAAAUUUAAACCCGUUCACACCUCGACAUGACUUCAAUCCGAUGGACUGUACAGACAUUGUUAUUGGUAGUGCUAGAGGUAAUAACAGCAGAAUAGCGGAUUAUUACACGAGAGACAGAUCGACGCCCAGAAUGGACUCGUUUUGGGGAGGCAAAAACGAUCUUACCACCGCCAUGGGAUUCGAAAAGGAUGGUGUAACGACGAUCUUGUUCAGGAAGAAAUUGGAAGCCAAAGAACUCUCCGAUCAUUCCAUAGAAAACGAUAUAAUGCACGUGAUAUUCGCGCAAGGUCAAGAACGCGGUAAAUACGUGCACGUGCCAAAAUCCGGUGUCGAAUCCGCUGAAGCUAAAAUUAAAGAUUUCUACAAACCGGAUGAACUCAAAUACCACGGACACAAAGAGCAACGUGGGGUGGUUUCUUUGAAUUUCUUUGAUGAAAAAAGGCAGAUAGAUCCUGCUGGACCAAUGGCGACUAGCAACAAUGCCGAGACCAGAGAUUGUGGUGGAAUAUGGAAACAUCCGAGAAACUGUAAUCCUGAUAAUUACACUUGUGAAUAUUCAGCGCAAUGGGAACUGAUACCAAGGAAGGAUACCAUCAAAUUUACCAUCACCACUAAGCAUACAGACACGUGGACCGGGAUAGCGUUUUCAGACGACGAAAAAAUGUCCCAAACCGACGCGAUCCUAGGAUGGGUGGACAAGACCGGUAGACCAUUUUUGAUGGACACAUGGAUCACCGGUUACACCCAACCCUUGCUGGACUCUUCCCAGAACAUAUUCAACAUGUCCGGAAGGAUUGUAGAUGGCGUUACGAGUCUAUCGUUCGCGAGAAAAAGAAUUACUGACGAUCCCAGAGAUUUAUCGUUCACCGAUGAUAAGUGCUUGUUUAUGAUGUUCCCAGUUAGAGGUGGGGCGUUUAACAGCGUCAACAAGAAAAUUAGAAAACACGAAGUCGUACCGACGGUGUCUACUGAGCGGAUUUGCAUAAAAUCUUGUGGAAAUGAUGGCAUUGACGACUAUUUAGCCACGACUGAACCGCCAGGUCUGGGCUACAAUAUGAAAGUCAAAUUGGUAGAUUUGGGUGAAAAUUUCGUCUUUCCGAAAGAAGGCUCGGCCCAUUACGAGGAUUUGUCAAAUUCGAUCGAAAACAGUUUUGUACCAGUUUUCAAUAAACUCCCUGGAUAUGUUAGAAUCGUUUUGAAAGAAAUCGAAAGCACGGACGACAAUAAUUUGGUGGCAUCCAUGCAACUGCAAUUGGAAAAACCGAUCGCCGAAAAGGGCAGAUCGUUGGCCGAAGGUACCUCCGAAAUUGACGAAACGGUUCAUAAAAUCGUACAAGAAAGCGUCGGUUCUGGUAGAGUUGGUAAUCUCAAAGUCGAUCCACAGUUUCUGGUUUUCGAAAUGAAUAGUUUAACAACAAAUCUGAUAGCGGACGCAUCGUCGUCGAACUCGGAUAACAGUUUCUUCAAUUUGACGGAAGCCAAGCUUUACAUCGUUUUGGGUUGCAUUGCGGCAUUGGCUUUCGUCGCCAUCGUCCAAGCCGGUUGCACGAUAUACAAAACCAGGAGCAAAUCUUCUACCAAUCACAAGGACCAUCUAAUCCCCAACUCAGCCUGGAAAGAUUACUCCUCGAACACGAACUACGCUUUUGACGCCUUCGAAACCCCAUCCACAGCUACAUUAGAAGAAAAGAAACCGCCAAACGGCACCAACCACGGUACCAACGGUACCAACGGCACCACCAACACCAACAAACCUCCCAAACAGCGCCACAUCCAACGACCCAGUUCCCGUCCGCCCAGCGUGCCCACCGCCGUUCAAGUCGAUACCAGAUCGUUGCAGAGACCGCGUAUCAGCAAUUUCCCGCCUACCAGUAUGGAUAGGAACACUUUUUCGUUGCCGAGGACCGUCUACGACAGGAACCAUUACAAAGAGAAUAAUAUGCCUGCUGAUUUCUAUUUUAUGCCUUCGCAGAGGAAGUAUUCCGGAGAGGUUGUUAGAGUUUACGUUGAUUACAAUAAUCAGCCUAAAUGAUUUUAAGACUUUUAUAAAUUUCUGCAAGAUUGUCGAUUGGGUUUUGCUAAUUUGUGGUACCUGCAUACAAAAAAAAACAACAAAUAUGAUUACUUCAGAACAGUCACAACUGUCUCUAAGUAACUAGGUAAGAACAACAACGUAUCAACGUUAUAUUGGACCGAAUUAGGAGUAUUGAUGGAGGUAUUAUUCGAAUUUACAUACUAAUUAUUAACGAAUUAAAAAUUUUAAAGCUGUAUCUAAAAUUUUGUCUUUGUCUUCAAUGAAUUUUUAAACAUACUAUUUAGUAUUCAGUCAUUUUUUGAUUGCAUAAAACUUAAGAUAAAACCCUUAGAUUUCUUCAGUUAAACUGUAAUUUUGAUUAUUCUAGCAGUAUAACACAAUUAUAAUACACUUAAUCAACACUACAUAUUUUUCAAAUUAAAAGCGGUUUAAUUCUGCAUUAAAAACACAAAUUUAUUAUAUAGAAAUCAUUAAAAUAAACAACUUUUUUAAAAAGAUCCCAAAAAUAAGAAAACUGCAUAAUUUAUUCCAAAAUAUAUUCAAUACGAUCUUGUCUAACUUAAAAUAUAUUCAAAGUUGUUACCAAUCACUUCAAUGCAACGCUCUAUCGUCGCCACCAUUGCAUAAUAAGCGGUUUUGCUCUAAUUGUCUCUGCAGCUAAAGCUAAAGUUUUCAUGUAGCCCCACAAGAAAAAAAUCUCAAUGGUUUAGGUUUGGUGAGCUUGGUGGCCACGCAACAGGUUCAUUUCGAUCAAUCCACCUACUUAGGAAAGUAAUAUUUAAAAUGGACAAGGGCCACUUCCUUCAAAAGUCAUAUAUCUUGCUCGAAAAGGAAACAUUCUUUAGACACUUGCUAUAAAUAAGCAACCUAUCCACAAGUUCAUUGUUGUCAUAAUUUACCACAGUCUUGCAAAAACUAGUCCGGCCCUGAUCUUCUCGCCGUACAAUCCGCCCUUGUGUGUUCCGAUACCUCUGGACGGUCGAGACAAACGGAUUCCUACGAGAAGUUACUGGAAAGCUUUAGCAGUCGUGACCAACCUCUUUCCGAUCAGAAUUCCUUGAUCAACCUCUACAUCGUGGUUCCAAAAUGUUCCCUGUCCAUAGUUUCUUCAAACCGAGCUACUAUAAUGAUUUCACUUCAACCAGUUACCACCGUAUCUUCAUGUACAGCUACUGGUACAGUACUGUCUCUAUACGGACGAAGGAAUACCUCUUCGGCACCAACUUUGGUCACUCUGUACUUAAAAUCCAACUGAAAGCCAUGUAAAUUCAUUACAUUCAUUCCUAGUGUAACUUCUUCGAUAUCAGCAACGAUAACAGUAUGAGUGAACUUUUCUAUACCAAUUCCUAGUUGAAUUUGGAUUUCCUCAUGUUGGCACUUUCACCAAUAGUAGUCCGCAGUAGCAAUCUUGAUGGACAUUUCAAAGAGGCUACAGUAUGAGAGGGUCUUUGGAACGAUUUCGGGUCGAAGCUGUCCCCUCUAGGCUGUCUCCCUCUAGUUUUCCUGUGGCGUGUUGUCUUCAUUUAUUGUGAACCUAGGUCGUUUACACGAAAUUCAUACAUAUUUCAGUUCAUCGCAAUUCCAGCAUCUGUUGGUCUUCGACUUCAUCUUUUUAUCAUUAUGUUAACCAGUUGGUAGUGUUUAUAUUCAACGUCUUCUUCGUUUAGAGUUCUCACUUUACUGUAUUCUCCAGAAGCAUCGUAGCUGCCUCAUACUCUAGACCAGCGGAUGUUUUGUGACGGGCUAAGCGAAUUGUUAUCUGCAUUUCAUGGUCACGAAGUUCAUCAAAAAAUGUUUUCUGGAGCUGAUGGGUAGGCAAAUCGUAUCAACCUAGCAAUAUCUACUUCGUAUUCUUGAAGGGUCUGCUUGCGAUCCUUUAGCUGUGAUUCAUCCGUUUCUUCCAGAGGUAUAGUCUGAAAAACAUCUAAAGCAUCUCCUUAAGGGGCGAUGAUCAAAUUUACUAUCAUUUCUCUUUCAGACUAUUCGUGAGCUCUCGCAGCUGUUUCGAACUGUUUGGUAGUUGGUUCGUGACAUCAUUCCUACGAAAAUUGGGGAUUUAAUACGGGCAGAAUUUACAAUUCUUUCCAAUUUCAGCUCUGACUCCAACUCAUGACACUUAAUUUCACCGUCCUUAGCCUCUUCUGCACGUUCCAUUUCUUCUACCUUCUUUUCCAUCACUUUUAUUUUCUCUUCAACGAAAGACAUUAUGUUCUCCUCAGCUGAAGAUAUGUUAUUUUCCAUAGAAGAAAGUUCUGAAGAAACCUUUUCUUCUAAGGAAGAAAUAUCAGAUGAAAGUAUAUUUUCAAUAGAAGACAUUUUGCUUUCCAAGUCGGAAGAAAUUUCAAUUUUGAAAGAAAUUUUGUUUUUUGUAGAAGUCAUAUCAGUAGAAAUUUCAUUUUUCUUAGAAGACAUUUCAGAAGACAACUUUUCUUCUAGGGAAGAAAUAUCAGACUAAACUUUGGCUUCCUUGGAUGAAAUAUUAAAAGACACAUUUUCUUCUAAGGAAAAUAUAUAAGGCAAAUAUUUGUUUUCCAUAGAAGACAUGUUACUUUCAAAGUUUUAAUAAAGAAAACAUUUUGAUUUCCAAAUCGGAAGAAAUUUUCAUAGAAGUUAUAUCAGUGUAAAUUUCGUUUUUCAUAGAAGAUAUUUCAGAAGACGUCUUUUCUUCUAGGAAAGAAAUAUUAAACGAAACUUUUGUUUUCAUGGAAGAAAUCUCAAAAGACACCUUUUCUUCUAAGGAAAAAAUAUCAAACGAAAAUGUAUUUUUAAUAGAAGACAUUUUGCUUUCCAAGUCAGAAGAAAUUUCAACUUUUAGUGAAGAAAUUUUGUAUUCCAAAUAGGAAGAAAUUCUUUUUUCAUAGAUAGAUACAUUUCAGAAGACACUUUUCCUUCUAGGGAAGGAAUAUCACACUAAAAUUUAGUUUCCAUGGAAGAAAUAUCAGAAGACACUUUUCUUCUAAGGAAAAAAUAUCAGACAAUAAUUUAUUAUCCAUAGAAGACAUUUUGCUUUCCAAGUCAAAAGAAAAAGAAACUUUUAAAGACGAAAUUUUGUAUUUCAAAUCGGAAGUAAUUUCGUUUUUUAUAGAAGUCAUAUCGGUGGAAAUUUAAUUUUUCUUAGAAGACAUUUCAGAAGACAACCUUUUUUCUAGAAAGGAAAUAUCAGACUAAACUUUGGCUUCCAUGGAAGAAAUAUCAGAAGACACAUUUUCUUCUAAGGAAGAAAUAUAAGGCGAACAUUUAUUUUCCAUAGAAGACAUGUUGCUUUCUAAGUUGGAAGACAUUUUUACUUUUAAAUAAGACAUUUUGUAUUUCAAUUCGGAAGAAAUUUUGUUCUCCAUAGAAGUCAUAUCGAUGGAAAUUUCGUUUUUCAUAGAAGACAUUUCAGAAGACACCUUUUUUUCUAAGCAAUAAAUAUCAGAAGAAACUUUAGUUUCCAUGGAAAACAUUUUACUUUCCAAAGAAGAAAUUGUAGAAGACGCAUCAUCAGAAAAUGAAUAUGUUUCCGGAUUCAAACCUUCACUUUCUAGCGCUUCUUUGAGCUGUGCUUUCUUCCCUGUCGUCUCCAGCUCACGAUCUACAAGUUCCCGACGUAACUCCGUCACUUUUAGUUUACUGAGUUUUUCAGCUCUUUUAACCACUAUUUAUUUACAAAUCCCGACUUAUGACACCAAUGUAACGUUUAUUUGUUUAAAACAGUUUAUUUACACUAAAUACUAGUUUAUUUAUACUAAAGCAUUAUUUAUAUUUCACACUUAUAUUCUAAUUUAUAUAACAAUUUGAAUUUCUAUCUUCAACUGUGUCUCAACUUCAACUAAACUUAAACCACAAAAGAAUCCAUUUAUAUACAAAAUAUUAUGCUCCAGACAAAUCCAGUCCUGUUUCGCGUUUCGAGAUACUUCUAUAGGGGGUCUUUCCGAUAAAUUAACGCUUGCGCUAGAGCUUUCCAGUAACUUAUCGCAGAAGUCCGUUUGUCUCGACCGUCCAGCGGUAUCGGAACACAGAUGAGCAGCUUGUACGGCGAGAAAAUCAGGGUCUGACUAUUUUUGCACACUUCAGAUAAACACGCUGCUGAAAUCACACGCAACUGUAUUCUGCUCCUUUUUUAUUUUUGAGUUUUUUGAAAAAAGUGAUUUUGUUAACGACUUAUAUCCACAGGUGAAAAAGUGUUAACUUAGUAUAAGUUGAUGAGUUUCAAAUGAGCUGUUAGAUUUUUAUCUGUCAUAUUUGGAUCAAAGAAAAUACAGCACCCCUCGCAAUGUUGCCAAUUUUCAGUAUUCUUGGCUAGUUACUUUGAGAUAGUUAUUGGAACCAUUCUAAUAUUAAAAUUUUGAGACAAUAGUAUAAAAAUUAUCUAGUUUUUUUAAUAAUCGCCCCCUCAGGUCUGUAAAAAUCAGAUAAACAAAAGAAAUAAAUAGGUAAUGGGCCCCGCUUAAUAUAAAAGAUUUGUUUGACGCCAGUAUAUACGAAUGUAUAAAUAUUUGGUUGCCCAAUGGCGUAUCAAAUUAUUUUUUCAUCUGAAUCCGUAGGGUUAUUUUUUUAAAUAUUUUGUAAAGAGCGGAUUUAAGGAAAAAUGCACUUAAAUUGUUUGGGCUCGCAGAAGAACGAGUAGAGAACUUCAAAUACCUAUCUAUAUUUAAUUUGUUUAUCUGAAAAUGUGCCAAAACCCUAUAAUUGCCGUUCAUUUAAAUUAGUAUCCGAUUUUUCAUAUAAAUUACUAGUUUAAAUUGUAAAAUUAAAAAAAACUUUUAUUUCGCACCUAUUUUUUAAUUAUAUAGGACAAAGAAUGUGGUGAAAUGCGGUGAACAUAUUAUGUUUAAAUAGUUUCUAUUUUUUAAAUAUAGACGAAACCAAUAAGAAAUGUAAAUAUAUAAAGGAAAUGUUUUUUAAAAAAAGAGAUUUUUAUGUAAUAUAAUGGGUGUUACAUUUUUCUAGUCUUUAAGCUCUAAAAAAUAUUGUAUAAGUUUAAUUAUUAUUAUGAAUAAAAAGCAAUAAAUGAAUUGUGAAAAGUACUAUUGAUACACUAUACUAAGUAUAAUAAUUUCUUAGUUAGUGUGCAGUAAUUUAUUGAUAUGUACAUAAUUUUUAUGAUAUUAUUAAAUUUUAUUAUUAUGAUGUUAAAUUUAAGUUAGGGAGUGUAUCUGAAAAAAAUUAGCGAUUUUAUUGUAAAUAAAAGACAGUCUAAUUUUUAUUAGGACAUUCUGUAUAUAUAGAAUUAUUUCAGUUAUUUUACUUCUAUAUUUUAAAAGCCAAAUAAUCG